AUGCGAAGAGGCGAUAAUGGUGGAAAAGAUGCUAAGAAAGAAGCAUUUAGGAAGUAUCUUGAGUCCAGUGAAGCUGUUGAUGCUCUCACCAAAGUUUUGGUUGCAUUGUAUGAACAAAAUGAGAAGCCAUCUUCAGCCCUUGAGUUCAUACAACAAAAAUUAGGGGGUCCAGCUAUAUAUGAAUAUGAAAAGCUACAAGCUGAGAUUUCAGACUUGCAAACAAAGUACAAUGAGCUAUUGUGUAAGCAUGAGGAUGCUUGCAAAGAGUUAGAGGAGCUUAAGAAUAUGCAUUCUUCAGUUUCACCAUCGACAAAGGAGACUAAUGAUGGGGAGCCAUUGAAAGAUGAGCAUGUUGAGAAGAACUCAUGAAGCAGUUCUUCAUAUGGUUGUGAUCUACUUCUAAUGACUCAUUGUCUCUAUUAAUGUCUGUAAAAUAUUUGUUGAUUUGCACUUUGUUACUCAUUCUUGAUACCCCAUUUAUGGUCUGUGUGAGUUUAUCCGUGCAUUUGAAAGGAUACCUAUAUGAUAAUGUGGAUGAUUCGUUUUUAUUGUAUUUGCAGUGUAUAAAUUUAUAUUUAUUGUUGCUA